ACCGAGGUGAAUGCCCUUCCAUCUCCUCCCCUUGCCGCUGUCGGGUCUGAGGAGGCGGGCGCCCUCUUCACACAGCGGCCGCCGCCGCCGCCGCGCUCCGGGGCAGGUGAUAUGGAGAGAAAGUCUCGGCUGUGGCCGCGGCGCCGGGUUCGGGCGCAUCACAGAUCCAAUCCCUUUAUGGAACUUCUAAACAUCUUUUAUUAGUGGAAACAUUAUUUCCUAUAAAAUGAAGUCAGCAUCUUAAUUUAAACCAGCAUUUGUGUGGCUCUGAUUCAUCUGCUGUGGUUCAUAAAACUUGAGAUCUAAAGAGUACAGGGUCAUUUGCAAUGACAAUAUGACUAAUAGUAAAGGAAGAUCUGUUACCAGUAAAACAAAUGAUGGUCCGAGUAGUGGAGGAGGUUUUGUAGACUGGACUUUAAGCUUAAAUAUAAUUCAGCCUGAUAAGUUUUUAAACUUAUUGUUGAGUAUGGUUCCAGUAAUUUACCAGAAAAACCAGGAAGACAGGCACAAAAAAGCAAAUGGCAUUUGGCAAGAUGGAUUAUCAACUGCAGCGCAGACUUUUAAUAACAGAUCUGAGCAUCACAUGGACUAUCACAGUUUCUCUGAGCAGACAUUUCACGGCAAUGAUGGGCACACACUGUCAAGCUGUAGUCCAAACUAUGACGACUAUGCCAACUACAAUUACUGUGAUGGAAGGGAGACCUCAGAAGCUACAGCCAUGUUGCAACAUGAAGAUGUGUCUAGUGAUGGUGAGGAAGAUGUCAUUGUGGAAACAAACCAAAAAUUACCAAAGGAAUCCAGUGGUGUCAUGGCUCUGCAAAUACUUGUGCCAUUUUUGCUAGCUGGUUUCGGAACAGUCUCAGCUGGCAUGGUUUUGGAUAUAGUCCAGCACUGGGAGGUGUUCAAAAAAGUAACAGAAGUUUUCAUUUUAGUUCCUGCACUUCUUGGUCUCAAAGGGAACUUGGAAAUGACAUUGGCAUCCAGAUUAUCCACUGCUGUAAAUAUUGGGAAGAUGGAUUCACCUAUUGAAAAAUGGAACCUAAUAAUUGGCAACUUGGCUUUAAAGCAGGUUCAAGCAACAGUAGUUGGUUUUCUAGCAGCUGUGGCAGCAAUUAUAUUGGGCUGGAUUCCAGAGGGAAAGUAUUAUCUCGAUCAUUCCAUACUUCUGUGUUCUAGCAGUGUGGCAACCGCCUUCAUUGCAUCUCUUCUGCAAGGAAUAAUAAUGGUUGGGGUUAUAGUUGGUUCAAAGAAGACUGGCAUAAAUCCUGAUAAUGUUGCUACACCCAUUGCUGCUAGUUUCGGCGACCUUAUAACUCUUGCCAUAUUAGCUUGGAUAAGUCAGGGUUUGUACUCCUGUCUUGAGACCUAUUACUACAUUUCUCCAUUAGUUGGUGGCUUUUUCUUGGCUCUGACUCCUAUCUGGAUUAUAAUAGCUGCCAAACAUCCAGCCACGAGGACAGUUCUCCACUCAGGUUGGGAGCCUGUCAUAACAGCUAUGGUUAUAAGUAGCAUUGGGGGCCUUAUUCUGGACACAACUGUAUCUGAUCCAAACUUGGCUGGGAUUGUUGUUUACACACCAGUUAUUAAUGGUAUUGGUGGUAAUUUGGUGGCCAUUCAGGCUAGCAGGAUUUCUACCUACCUCCAUUUACACAGCAUUCCAGGAGAACUGCCUGAUGAACCUAAAGGUUGUUACUACCCAAUUAGAACUUUUUUUGGUCCAGGAGUAAACAAGAAGUCUGCUCAAGUUCUAUUGCUUUUAGUGAUUCCUGGACAUAUAAUUUUCCUCUACACUAUUCAUUUGAUGAAAAGUGGCCACACUUCUUUAACUGUGAUCUUCAUAGUAGUAUACUUAUUUGCUGCUGUGUUACAGGUAUUUACCUUGCUGUGGAUUGCUGACUGGAUGGUCCAUCAUUUCUGGAGGAAAGGAAAGGACCCAGACAGUUUCUCCAUCCCCUACCUAACUGCACUGGGUGAUCUGCUUGGGACAGCUUUGUUAGCCUUAAGUUUUCAUUUUCUUUGGCUCAUUGGAGACCGAGAUGGAGAUGUUGGAGACUAAUAAAUCCCACAGACUGCUCUCAAGUUACCAAGGAGGAAAACACAAGACAACCACUAUGGCUCUUUUUCAGAAAUCUCAAAUCAGUAGUCUUACUUCUGCCAGGGUAAUCUUCAGUUGGCCCUGAUUCAUUUAAAUGGCCUUAACAUUUUUUAAAGGAAUUUGUGUUAAAAUCAGAAUAAACAGUAUUUGUGCUGCUCUUCUUAGAAUAAAUGAUAAUCUGACAUAGACAUAGAUAUAAUAAGCUCAAGCUUAAAUUAAAUAGAAAAGAAUAGAGGCUGUUUACAAUGAAUAAUUUUAAAAUCACAGAGGUAGCAGAAAUAUACUUUAUUAUUAUUUAACUUAUCACGCCAGGUUAGAGGAAACAAAGUUCUGGUUUAGCUUUUCUUGUCUCACAGAUGUGUUGUACUGCAUAGCACACAAAAAUUGGAAGGAGUUCAACCAGUAAGAGUUUUAACUAUGCUCUCUGCUGGCUGCAGAUAAAUCUGCCAAUUACUUGCUCCUAACCUGACCUACAUAUGUUCUUCUGAGUGUAAGAUAAACUCAAUUUUACCUUGUUUUCUUUGUGCCAAUGUUAAUUUAAUUUCUUGGCAGACUAAGCUUUAAACAUAGAAUGAUCUUGAGAAAUUGUUAAUGAAAAAAUGGGUCAUUUUUGAUCAUUGAUUUGUUAAAAGAAUGUUGAUCUUUUUCAGAAGACUUAAUAGUUAAAAAGAUAACCUGAGCUACAUCUGUAGAGACAACAUUGUGUGAGAAGUUGUGUGUGUGUGUGUGUGAGAGAGAGAGAGAGACAGAGACAGAGACAGAGAGGGAAGCUUUUGAUGAAGAACUGAAUCUUGGAUUGUUGAUAACAAAGAUCAUAGUGCUAUUAGAAAAUUAGCAUUAUAUGCUUAUUCUUAAAUACAUUUCAUUGAUAUGCUUUUGCAUUUGGUCCAGAAAUUUGCUACUGCCCAGAACUUAGUAUUUGUUACCUAGGUUAUAAUUAAUAGUUUCUUAUUAAAUAAAAUGGUGCCAUUUACUAUAAACAAUAUAUUAUAAGAUUUAAAAUGAGCAAGUAACUCAUUUCCUGUUCUGAAGAAGUCUAUUGGAACUUUAGGCUUACCAUUUUAAAAGAGAAGUUGGUGGGUUCAGUUAUUGUUCAUGCCUGUAUGUAUCUAUUUACUCAGGCUUAUUUCUACAUGGGACUCUGUCAUAUACAUUGCUAUGUUAUCAGAUACUGUCCUAAAACUCUGUUCUAUAUUCCAAACACCAACACUUUAGUUAUGCACUAGGUAAGCAUUUUUAUAUCACAUACAGUUCAUUUUAAAAUAUGCAGUGGAAAUUCUCAAGACCAUCAGAUUUAAUUAUUUAACUGAUAUUUAACUGAUAAGGGAAGAAAAAAAUGCACAUUAACUUUGAUCAUCAUGGUUUAAGUUGUGAGUUAAUGAUAAAUAUUUGGUUGUUUAUAAAUAUUAAGUGUUCCUACUAAGCUCCUUAAAAUAAGAGGGCCUGUGGUUUAGAGUUAUGUAUUUUUGCUUAUUUUAAAACUUUAGUUAUUGCAUUCUUCUGUCUUACAAUGAAGCUUCUAAGGCAGAGAACUGAACUAAUUAUACAGUUUCUCCUUUGGAGAGUUUUAAAAUGUCACAUAGUGAACAUUCUUAUAAAAGAAAGAAUGAAUAAGUUGAUGACUGUUUAGCUGCGAAGAUUUUUUAUUUUUUAAAAAUCCAUAUAUAAUUUCUUUGAUUUCAUUGUAAAGCAUUUGUAAGUCAGUUAUUUACAUUUGGGCUGUAUGAUUCAUAAGCAUUUACAUUUUCCAGUGGUUUCUGUUUUGAUUUUUUAACAUAAAAAUAUACAGCAAACCAUUUUAAAAGCAUACCCAACAACUUUAGUGCAUCAUAUAUUUUGAAACACAUUCAAAUAUACUACAUUAUUUAGUACUCACAGCAGUACCUAUGAAAUAGUUCAGGUAGAUAUUCCUAUCUCUAUUUUAUAGCAGGAGAAACUAAAACUCAGAGAGGUUACGUACAGCUGCUGCACAGUGACCAAAUUGUGAUGGAAGUCUAGGUCUCUGAUCUCCUGAGCCAGUACUCUUCCUGUGACCCUCCAAUGUACCAGGGGUGCCAACUAAUUAACUGAGAGUAAAUAAACUGGAGAAACUGAUUUUCUAAUAUGGAAUAGAGAAUUGCUACAUCUUUUAGAUUUCAGUCAGGGAAACAUCCAGUUGGUAUAUCGUGAUGGUAAGUAUAACAUUAUUCAUGUUCCUAAGAGCAAGGAAAACAACUGAUAAAUGAGAACUUUAGAAUAAAGAACAAUGCCUUAUUUCAUAGAACAUGUAAUUGCCACUACCCUUCCUAGAUCUAGCCAUUUGCCAUAGAAGCAAUUAAGUAACUAGGAUGACUAAUGUGAGUUCUGUCUUUCUCUUUUGCUACCCAAUCUUGUUUACAACAACAAAAUGUCUAAAAGGCAUGUAACAGUGAAAACAAAAUAAAGGAAAAAAAGUCAGUC